AUGUUAGCGGCAGAGCAGGAAAACGCUCAGCUCAGAGAGGAACUGGCUAACCUCAAGGGGGAGAUGGAAAGAAUGGCACUUAUGAUGGAAACUAUGAUGGCUGAGAGAGAGCAAGCAACAAUCUCCAAUUCAACUCCUGUUGUGGUCGUCACAGCUGCACCUGAGGGUCCCCCGCAACCAUCUCCGACUACUACUACAGCUAUCGACCUCACCCAGCCUCUGAUGACUGAUUUUUCUUCUGGUAAUAUGGCAACUAUGGGCAACUCAGGCUUCCGUCCUCUUGGCCCCCAGGGUCCCUUUGCUACUCCUCAGUAUUCCAUGCCUUCAGGCUACCCUUGGGGCAUGCCGAUUGCAACUAACGGGGUUUUUGGUCCAGGCGCUACUGAAAUGCCUUUCACACAGGGUCAACAGACUUCGGCACAUUUCCAGAUGAGUCAACCGAUUCCUCAAGCUACCAUGACUCAAGCAGGUCCUACUGUGCAUGUUGGGCCACAACAUGAAGAGCAGAUUUAUCACUCCGACAGUAUAAUGGGGGAUGAUAAAGCAAUCGAUUGGGAAGAAAGGUUCGGUGCUCUAGAGAAGAAGAUGAGUAAUAUGCGGGGAAAGGAAACAGUCGUCCAAAGCAUAUAUGACCUUUGCUUGGUACCAGAUGUAAACAUACCUCCAAAGUUCAAGAUGCCUGUAUUUGAGAAGUAUCAAGGGGACACAUGUCCACAAAAUCAUCUAACUAUGUAUAUUAGGAGGAUGAUAGCUUACAAGAAUAAUGUUCCCUUACUCAUUCACUGCUUCCAGGAUAGUUUGACUGGUCCGGCACAUACCUGGUUCAUGGGGUUGAAAGGAGUCACUACUUUUGAACAGUUGGCUGAGGCCUUCAUGCAACAGUACAAAUAUAAUACCUAUCUGGCGCCAAGUCGCAAAGAGUUGCAGUCCUUAACCCAGAAAGAGAAAGAAUCGUUCAAAGAAUACGCACAACGCUUCAUUCAAAAAGCUGCUCAGAUUCGUCCUCCCUUGGAUGAGAGGGAACUUUCAGAAUUGUUCUAUGAAACCCUGAGCCCUUGUUAUUCAGAAAAGAUGAUUGUCUGUGCAUCACAGAAGUUCACUGAUUUGGUGGAAACAGGAAUGCGUAUCGAGGAGUGGGCUCGUAAGGGAGCAGCUGUUUCGGGAGGUUCUUCAGGUGGUUCUUCAGGGAUUUCGUCCAAUGGUAAUAAGAAAUUUGGGAAUGGUUACCCAAAGAGGAAUGCUCAAGAGGUUGGCAUGGUGGCUCAUGGAGAACCUCAGCCCGUGUACCCUAAUCACCCCUUUGUUGCCAACAUCACCCCACAAAUGACCGCGCCCCAGAACCCAAACUAUCAAUCACCCAGACCUCAAGGACCUGCACCAUACUACCCCCCAUUAUACCAACCACUAUACAACCUACAACAAUUCCCUCAACAACCAUAUUACCCCCAACAACCAUACCAACAGAGACCACAGCAACAACCCCGUCCUCAGAAUCUGGUCCAAACAAUACCACCUCCUCGCAUUCCGGACCCUCUCCCACGCUGGUAUCGUCCGGACCUUCAUUGUAUUUACCAUCAAGGGGCACCAGGCCACGAUGUGGAGCGUUGUUUUGCUCUUAAGAAAGAGGUUCAGAAACUGAUAAAUAGUAAAGAGUUAACCUUCACCGAUCCUGAUGCUGUAGCUCAGAACAAUCCUCUGCCUACCCAUGGGCCUGCUGUUAAUAUGAUUCAAGACGAUCAGGAAGAGGCUCGCAUUCUCUCUGUAGGUGAUAUCAAGACUCCUCUGGUACCGAUACAUGUGAAAAUGUGUAAAGCAACUCUCUUCAACCACAAUCAUGAAGCUUGUGACAUAUGUUUGAUGGAUCCUCGUGGAUGUAUACAAGUCCAGAAUGAUAUGCAGGGUCUCCUAAAUAGAAGGGAACUUGUGGUUACCAGGGAACCCGAGAGCAAGGACGUCUGCGUUGUCACUCCGGUAUUCAGAGCCAGGAGGCCGCUGGUGAUAAACCCUAACAGUACAAAGCCCGUUGGUACUCCCUUGGUAAUCUGUGUGCCUAGGCCCACGCCUACUACUGCUCAGAAAGCUGUACCCUAUAAGUAUGAAGGCACGAUUCUAGAGCCCGGAAGUGAGACAACUUCACCUGUUGCUGUGGAUAAUAUCGCAGAGAAUAGCCGGAUUUUGAGGAGUGGCCGCAUCUUUCCUACGGUGGGUCCGAAGAGUGUUAGUGUUCCAGUCGAUGAGCCAGUAAAAGAGCGAAGCGCCGGUAAAGGUAAAGCUGGGGAGCAGGCCAAAGAGUUUGACUUUGAGGAUGCCGAUGAAGUCUUGAAGCUGAUCAAGAAGAGUGAAUACAGGGUGGUGGACCAGCUGUUACAAACUCCUGCGAAGAUUUCCAUCAUGGCCCUGUUAUCAAGUUCUGGUGCUCAUCGGGAUGCCCUGAGGAAAGUACUAGACCAGGCAUUUGUGGAUUAUGAUGUAACUCUGGGUCAAUUCGAAAGCAUUGUGGGGAAUGUGACCGCGUGUAACAGUCUGACUUUCAGUGAUGAAGAUCUCCCGGCGGAGGGGAAUAAGCAUAAUCGAGCAUUACUCAUCUCUGUACUUUGCAGAACGGACUCGUUAUCCAACGUCUUGAUAGAUACCGGCUCUGCACUUAAUGUGAUGCCCAAGUCAACUCUCGACCAAUUGGCGUACUCCGAGGCUCCUUUGAGACUUAGCAAGGUGACGGUGAGGGCCUUCGAUGGAACUAGGAGAUCGGUGUAUGGUGAGGUAGAUUUGCCAAUUUCGGUCGGCCCACAUGAAUUUCAGGUUACUUUCCAAGUCAUGGAAAUCCAGGCUUCUUUCAGCUGUUUGCUCGGCAGACCUUGGAUUCAUGACGCUGGGGCUGUGACAUCUACUCUCCAUCAGAAAUUGAAGUUUGUAAGUCGUGGAAAGUUGAUCACUGUGAGUGGCGAAUCGGCCUUUUUAAUCAGCAAUUUGUCUGCUUUCUCUGUUAUCGGUGGUAGUGGUUCAGACGGGCCAUCAUUCCAAGGAUUCUCUGCCGAAGAAAGUGUCGGUAAGAUUGAGACUUGUAUGGCUUCGUUGAAGGAUGCCCGGAGAGUAAUUCAGGAAGGCAAAACCGAAGGCUGGGGUCAGCUAGUGGAGUUGCCAGAAAACAAGCGUAAGGAGGGAAUUGGUUUCCUUAACAGUAAGCCUGGGAUGUUCGACCCUACCAGAGGUUCUUUCCACAGUGCUGGUUUCAUUCAUGAUUCACCAGAGACCAAUGCAAUUUUAGAUGAUGCACCUGGAGGAGUGACACCGGUCUUUGUGACGCCUGGAGGAGCUUGCUGCAACUGGAUUGCUGUUGACAUUCCUUCUGUGACACCCUGCUCUAAACUGAACAUAAGUGAAUCCGUUGAACACAGUGACCCCAUGCUUUCUCCCAACUUUGAGGUCCCGGUUUACGAGGCUGUGGCAGAGGAGGAUGAGGAGAUCCCGAAUGAGAUCAAAUGGAUGUUGGAACAAGAAAGGAAGACAAUUCAACCUCAUCAGGAGGAGAUAGAAAUCAUCAAUCUGGGUACUGAGGAAGACAAGAAAGAAAUCAAGAUUGGGGCAUCGUUGGAUGUAUCUGUCAAGAAAAGAGUAAUUGAGCUUAUCAGAGAAUAUGUUGAUAUAUUCGCAUGGUCAUACAAAGACAUGCCGGGUCUAGACCCUGAUGUCGUUGAACACAGACUACCUUUGAAGCCUGAGUGUCCUCCGAUCAAAGAGGAAGUGCGAAAGCAAAUUGAUGCAGGUUUCCUAGUCACAUCAGAGUAUCCUCAAUGGUUGGCCAACAUAGUGCCUGUUCCAAAGAAAGAUGGUAAAGUCAGAAUGUGUGUUGAUUAUCGGGACUUGAACAAGGCUAGUCCGAAGGAUAAUUUUCCUUUGCCUCACAUUGAUGUAUUGGUUGAUAACACUGCUAAGUGCAAGGUUUUCUCCUUCAUGGACGGUUUCUCCGGCUACAAUCAGAUCAGGAUGGCUCCUGAGGAUAGAGAAAAGACGUCUUUCAUCACGCCCUGGGGUGCUUUCUGCUAUGUGGUGAUGCCAUUUGGUUUGAUAAAUGCUGGUGCCACUUACCAAAGGGGCUUUAUCGUCAGUCAAAAGGGUAUUGAAGUUGAUCCCGACAAGGUCAGAGCCAUCAGAGAAAUGCCUGUUCCAAAGACAGAGAAGCAAGUCAGAGGUUUUCUUGGUAGACUCAAUUAUAUCUCCAGAUUUAUCUCUCACAUGACCGCCACAUGUGGACCAAUUUUCAAGUUACUCCGCAAGGAUCAAGGGGUGAAGUGGAAUGAUGAUUGUCAGAAGGCUUUUGAUCAAAUCAAAGAAUAUCUGUUAGAACCUCCAAUUCUUGUUCCUCCAGUUGACGGAAGACCUUUGAUCAUGUAUUUAACAGUACUAGAAGAUUCCAUGGGCUGUGUUUUGGGUCAACAAGACGAAACCGGAAAGAAAGAGCACGCUAUCUACUAUUUGAGUAAGAAGUUCACUGAUUGUGAGUCCCGAUAUUCUGUACUUGAGAAAACUUGUUGUGCUUUAACUUGGGCUGCCAAGCGUCUCCGUCAUUAUAUGAUUAAUCAUACAACUUGGUUGAUAUCCAAGAUGGAUCCUAUCAAGUACAUAUUUGAGAAGCCAGCUUUAACUGGAAGGAUUGCUCGCUGGCAGAUGUUAUUGUCCGAGUAUGAUAUCGAGUAUCGCACUCAGAAAGCAGUCAAAGGUAGCAUCUUGGCAGAACAUUUGGCUCAUCAACCAAUCGAAGACUAUCAACCAAUCAAAUUCGACUUCCCAGAUGAAGAGGUUAUGUAUCUAAAAGCAAAAGAUUGUGACGAACCAGUGUUCGGUGAAGGUCCUGAUCCUGAAUCCGAAUGGGGUUUGAUAUUUGAUGGAGCUGUUAAUGUCUAUGGAAGUGGAAUUGGUGCGGUGCUCAUUACCCCUAAGGGUACUCACAUCCCUUUUACUGCGAGGUUACGUUUUGAUUGCACAAACAACAUCGCAGAGUACGAAGCUUGCAUCAUGGGUAUCGAGGAAGCCAUCGAUUUGAGGAUCAAGAAAAUUGUCAUUUAUGGAGAUUCCGCUCUUGUGAUUAACCAGAUCAAAGGAGAAUGGGAAACUCGUCAUCCUGGAUUGAUUCCCUACAGAGAUUAUGCAAGGCGUUUGCUGACUUUCUUCAACAAAGUAGAGUUACAUCAUGUGCCCCGCGAUGAGAAUCAAAUGGCAGAUGCUUUAGCUACUCUAUCCUCAAUGAUCAAUGUGAAUGGUCACAAUACUGUGCCAGUAAUCAAUGUCCAAUUUCUCGACCGACCUGCUUAUGUGUUUGUAGCUGAAGCAAUUGAUGAUGACAAGCCAUGGUAUCAUGAUAUCCAAGUUUUCCUUCAAACUCAAAAGUACCCACCUAGGGCAUCCAACAAGGACAAGAAAACAUUGAGAAAAUUGUCAAGCCGUUUCUUCCUUAACGAAGACGUUUUGUAUAAAAGGAACUUUGAUGGGGUCCUACUUAGAUGUGUGGAUAAGCAUGAAGCAGAAAAAUUGAUGUGCGAGAUUCAUGAAGGCUCUUUCGGAACUCACUCAUGUGGGCACGCCAUGGCGAAGAAGAUAUUGAGAGCUGGGUACUACUGGAUAACAAUGCACGCUGAUUGCUACAAUCAUGCCAAGAGAUGCCACAAAUGUCAAAUCUAUGCUGACAAGAUUCAUAUACCACCAUCUAUGCUCAAUGUCAUCUCUUCCCCGUGGCCCUUCUCUAUGUGGGGCAUUGACAUGAUUGGUCGGAUCGAACCAAAGGCUUCCAAUGGGCAUCGCUUCAUAUUAGUGGCUAUCGAUUAUUUCACCAAAAUCAUCACAGACAAUGGCACAAAUCUGAAUAACAACAUGAUGAAAGAGUUGUGCGAUGACUUCAAGAUUCAACAUCACAAUUCUUCUCCUUACAGACCACAGAUGAAUGGGGCAGUUGAAGCUGCAAACAAGAACAUCAAGAAGAUCAUACAGAAGAUGGUAGUUACUUAUAAGGACUGGCAUGAAAUGUUACCCUACGCUUGGUAUGGAUACCGUACCUCAGUGCGAACCUCGACAGGGGCAACCCCUUUCUCUUUGGUAUAUGGUAUGGAGGCUGUACUACCUGUAGAGGUUGAGAUUCCUUCUUUAAGAGUCUUGAUGGAAGCUGAAUUGUCUGAAGCUGAAUGGUGCCAGAGCAGGAAGGAGAUCUUGUGCUCAAAUGUAUCAAAUCCUUUCAACCAGAUCCUAGGGGCAAAUGGACGCCAAACUAUGAAGGUCCCUAUGUGGUGA